GGAGGGCGUCAGGAUCGACCCCGACGCGGACCCGGCGCCCCAGCUGCGCGGUCGCCUGCUGCUGGUGGACACGGUGGAUGCCGAGCACGAGAUGCCGGGGGAAGGCUGGAUUGCAGUGGCCUACGUGGGCAAGGAGCAGGCGGCCCAGUUCCACCAGGAAAACCAGGGCAGCGGCCCCCAGGCCUAUCCCAAGGCCCUGGUCCAGCAGAUGCGAAGGGCCCUCUUUCUGGGAGCCUCUGCCCUGCUGCUCCUCAUCCUGAACCACAACGUGGUCCGAGAGCUGGAUAUAUCCCAGCUUCUGCUCAGGCCAGUGAUCGUCCUUCAUUACUCUUCCAAUGUCACCAAGCUGUUGGAAGCAUUGCUGCAGAGGACUCAAGCCACUGCUGAGAUCACCAGCGGAGAGGCCCUGUCAGCCAACAUCGAGUGGAAGCUGACCCUAUGGACCACCUGUGGUCUCUCCAAAGAUGGCUACGGUGGCUGGCAGGACUUGGUGUGCCUGGAAGACAGCCGUGCCCAGGAGCAGAAGCCCCUGCAACAGCUGUGGAAUGCCAUCCUGCUGGUGGCCAUGCUCCUGUGCACCGGCCUCGUGGUCCAGGCCCAGCGGCAGGCAUCUCGGCAGAGCCAGCUUGAGCCUGGAGGCCAGGUGGACCUAUUCCGCCGGCGUGUUCUACAGAGACUGGCAUCCCUCAAGACCCGGCGCUGCCGCCUGGACAGAGCAGACCAGGGGCCCCUGGCACCUGGCCCUGAGACCUGUGCCGUGUGUCUGGACUACUUCUGUCACAAGCAGUGGCUCCGGGUGCUUCCCUGCAAACACGAAUUCCACCGCGACUGUGUGGACCCCUGGCUGCUGCUCCAGCAGACCUGCCCACUGUGCAAAUUCAACGUGCUGGGGAACCGUUACUCUGAUGAUUAGCUGCCCACCUGCACUCUGGCCCUUGGCCUGGGCUCCUGGAAUUGGACAGCAGGGCGAUGGGACAGCGCCCUCCCAGGGCAGGGGCAGUGUGC